CAUGAGCGGAAGAGGAAAGGGCGGCAAAGGACUCGGCAAAGGAGGCGCCAAGCGUCACCGUAAAGUCCUCCGUGAUAACAUCCAGGGAAUCACCAAACCGGCGAUCCGCCGUCUGGCUCGUCGCGGUGGAGUGAAGCGUAUCUCCGGUCUGAUCUACGAGGAGACCCGCGGUGUGCUGAAGGUGUUCCUGGAGAACGUGAUCCGUGACGCCGUCACCUACACCGAGCACGCCAAGAGGAAGACCGUGACCGCCAUGGAUGUGGUGUACGCGUUGAAGAGACAGGGACGCACUCUGUACGGAUUCGGCGGUUAAACUUUACCACCAACAUUGAAACAUCAAAAAAAGGUCCUUUUAAGGACCACCCACAAUUUCUCAGAGAUGUUGCCUAAAUGUGUCUGUCUUGAUGAGAGUAGGUGAAUUGACAUUAAAAAGAAGUGAUUUAAAUGGCAAGUUGGCAAGCAUUGUGACUAUAUUGUAACAUAAAAUCAGGUUUUUAAUAUAUAGAUAUAUGAGUAGUGGACAGAAGUGUUGGUACCCCUCAGUUAAAGAAGGACAAACUCACAAUUUUCACUGAAAUCACUUGAAACUUACAAAAGUAACGAAUAAAAAUUUGAAAAUUAAACAAUUAAAAUCAGCAUCAAUUUUUUGAUUGUCGAUUAAUAUAAUUAUUUAAAAAAACAAACUAAUGAAACAGGCCUGGACAAAAAUGAUGGUACCUCAAUAAAAGAUUGUAAACUAUUUGACCAGAGUGACAUGAUUAA